AUAAUUUCUCCUACUGAAUGGAUGCGGGAGAGCAGAGCGAGGACCCGUCCCCCUCUUCGGAAAGAGAAAUUUCCCUAGAGAGACAGAGGGGGAGACGUUGAGUAAAUUCUUUGCUUGGAGAAAAUAAAAAAAUGAAAGGAGAGAAAUUAUAGCUUUAAACCUGUAAUUCAAUCGAGGGUUUGAGAGAGAGCUCCGCAAGCGCGCGCGCACACGCACAUGGAUCAGAUACUGAACAAGGUUGGAUCUUAUUGGUUGGGCCAGAGGGCCAACAAGGAGCUCAAUUCCGUCGGCGAUGAUGUUAACUCAUUGUCAAGCAGUAUUGGAGGAGGAACCAAAUGGUUAGUCAACAAAAUAAAAGGAAAAAUGCAAAAGCCAUUGCCGGAACUGCUCAAGGACUAUGACUUGGCUGUAGGAAUCUUCCCUCGAGAUGCUACCAACUAUGAGUUUAAUGAGGAGACGGGAAAACUUACCGUCUUUAUUCCCUCGAUCUGUGAAGUGGGCUACAAGGAUUCAUCUGUCUUGCGUUUUUCCACCACUGUAACUGGGUACUUGGAGAAAGGAAAACUAGCUGAUGUUUCAGGGAUUAAGACUAAGGUGAUGGUUUGGGUUAAAGUGACUUGUAUCACUUCUGAUGGAUCGAAGCUCCAUUUCACAGCUGGGAUGAAGAAAACCAGGAAUAGAGAUGCAUAUGAGGUCCUUAGAGAUGGAGUGAGUGUAGACAAGUUCUAAAGUGGUGAAAAUGCUUCCUAGGCAUGAUGAUUUUGUGAAUAACGACUUUGCCAUUGCUACUGAAUCCUUUUGCUUGCCCUUCUCAUUGGAUGAGUACAGUCAUUUAAACUGAAUUUCUUGUGUUUACCGUAGGUGUGAUAAAGUUAAUGAAUUCCAUUGUAUUGAUAUUAGAUCACCCAUAUAAACUGAGUACCAACAUGCGAAUUAUUUUACGUUUUGUUAGACAUAUUUGGAUGGUACAAGCUAUUUGAGACCAAACCAAGUGAUAUUCGGCUUGCA